UGUCCCGCUCCGUCACUAACAAUAAGAAAAAUGUACCAAAUGUCUGGAUUGACCGGUCGCGCUCUUUUGUCUCGUCUCCUUGUUGCGUCCAGUUUUUCGCAGGAAAUAAUCCUCCUUCUUCCUUCUCUCUUUUCCUGUCCUCUUGGGAUACCUUCGUGAUACUUGGCGCUUUGGGCCCUAUCACUACCGAUAAGCCUUCAGUUUGCUUGCAGUAAUCAGCUGGAAUACUCAUCAGGACAUAUACAUUAAUAUCCCGCAAACAUGCUUGACGCAAAUCAUUUUGGUGGUGUUGGAAGUGAGCACGGACCAUCCCCCACCGAUAACUACAAGAGGGCAGUCUAUAGACAACCCCCUACUCGAUUUUCUGUAGAAAUGCUCACGCCAACGAAGCAAGGUGGGAGCUACAGCUUUGGAAUGCGCAUCUGUCCGAUUACUCGCGGUGACCGUUCCUCUAUCUCGUCUGACGGGUCCAACUCCGAGUAUGACAUCUGGCGGCGGUGGGAGGAUUGGCUUUGGUUUCAAGAUAUCGUUGAAGAGCAGUACCGUCUUCAAGCAAGGGCAAAACGUCAACGUCUUCUGGCUGGCAAAGGGGUAAAGAAGGACGGCUUCUAUAAGCAGGACAUGGCGUCCUCUUGGGAGUCUUUACCGCCAGGUCCAGAUCCCCACUCGGUUGCUCAAGAUGUCCAUGAACUAAUACCCAAAUUGACCAAGAAGGGCACCCUCUUUCGGGCCAGCCAGGCCACCAUUGACCAGCGCUUUGCCGAAAUCCAGGCAUUUGCUAAAGCACUUUUCAGAGAUGACGUACCUAUACUGUUGCUAGACCUCAGAAGUGAGCGCAUCGUCACUGAUUUCUUCGGUCUUUGGCGCAGAGAUUAUGAUCUUGCCCAGAAGAUCGAGAAACAAACUCGUUCAAAGUCUCGGUCGCCGAAGACAGAUAGCAUUCUUUCGAACUACUUUUCGAACGCGUCAUUGCCGUCAGUGGAUACGCCUUCUCGGCGGUCUAUGGACAGUGUCUCGAGGAAGUCAUUUACAUCAUCCUCCGUUAACGCUUCCAUCCAGAACUUCAAGUAUGGUGCCUCCAUCAGUAGAACCUCAGUUUCUUCCUUGUCCCCUCCAAUCGUUGUCGAGAGGCGACGGCGGGAAAGCUCAGUAUCAUCGGACUCGUCCUCUACGCUGACGGCCACGUCUUCAAGAAGUUCAGGUGGCUCGUUACAUUCCGUUCCUUCUAUCGCUGAGGAGACGUCUGUAUCGUUUGGUCAUAAUCCUCAAAUCUCAGACCAGGCCUCCCCAUAUCUGGAGGCCUUACCUGAGGAUCGAGAAAUCUCUAGUAAAUCUAAUUAUCGAGGCAACUCUACUGUUUUCUCUCCGGCACACCAGUCAGCCUUGGAGCGAAAAAGUCGUCGCAGUGUGCAGGUCAUUGGGGUUCCAAAGGAUUUCACUCAGGACAUGGAAGCGCUCAAUUUAAAUGAGGAGCAACCAAGAAAUCGUGCUGUCCGAGAAUCAUGGCAAACGAUGAUGUCCGGCGCCUCUAUCAUUGAUGGUAUUGGUUUAACCAUGCCGUUCUCUCCCGAAGACGCGUCCCAAAGAUCAAGAUCAUCCGUCGCCAGCUUUGCUACGUUCAUGACCGAUAGCUCUGCGGACGCGAUCAUUCCUCGGUCCACAAUACCCCGCCCCAUCUCUGGUGCCACCGUCCGAAGGCAUCCAUGCUAUAACCAGCUUUCUUCAGCCCUCUCUGAGGGAGACAUGUGGUUGGAUCCUGAAGGAGAUCUGCUCGACACUUACUUUCGUGAUGCCUUCCAACGUCCUGACUCUCUUAUUUCUCGCAGCUACGGCGGCAGUCGCUCACAUGGUACAAUUGGAUAUCAUUCUUCAGGUGCCAGGUCACUUGAAUCUAUAGAUUUCAUUAUGCCUUCUGAAGCGGACGAUAACUGUGAUAAUACCUCCACACUAGAUGUUCCCAUGACCGCGCGACCCGUACUACCCCCUUCUCCAACAGCGUCCAUGUUCUCCACAGUAACAUCGGCAAGCGCUGCAAGCGCACUCUCAGAUAUGACCACUGAUACCCCGAUAUCACCCACUGCCCCAAUCACUGUUAAAGCAGCUUAUAACGGGUCCAUUGUUAUCUUCCGUGGUACUCGUGACGUCCCUUUCAGCGAUGUUCGAUAUCGUAUACGCGACAAGUUUAUCAGGCAGGAAAAUAUCUGGCUCUCUGAUUUCUUCGCUUUGGCCAUCGUCGUGACUGAUGAGUCCGCCUCGGCUGGUAUUCGUAACCGGUCAAGCUCUCUUUCAUCGAUCUGCGAUAUGGAUAUGAAGCUGAUAUCCACGCCUGAUGAGUGGCGCUGGGUGAUGUCCUAUGUGAAGAGUAGUAAAAUUACGCUUCGAGUGCUUGGGAAUUAUUCAUAACACGUCUUGUAUUUCUUCUACCUUUGACAUUGGCAUUCACCGCUCACUUAUCUUCGUUCACAUAGCACAUUUUCUUUGGUUUCUACAUAGCGUUUCCCCGUUUAUUCGUUCAAUUCUCAUUGGGGACCACCUUCUCGAGUUCACAGAACUCAUUUUUUCCCUUGGCAUGAAUAAGAUCACUCGUCAUUAAUACAGAAGCACAAUAUAUCAAAUCUAAG